AUGGCAGACCAGGUUCAGCAAGGUCUGCAGGACCAGCUGUUUGUCUUAGUAACGGGUGCCAACAGUGGCCUCGGAUUCACAAUCUGUUGCCGACUAGCAGACGAAUUCCUCACCUCCCGCCCAUCCCACCAAUCCCUCACGAUAAUCUUCACAACACGAAGCACAAAAAAGGGAACGGACACUCUCAACCGUCUACAAGAAUACCUCCGCAACUCCAAGCCCGGUCCUUCACAAUUCAACCGCGUCACCUUCGUUCCUGAGAAUGUCGACCUGUGCGAUCUUGUAUCCGUCCGCACCCUUUCCCGCCGCCUCUUAAAGACCUUCCCGAAACUCGACUCCAUCGUUCUCAAUGCCGGACUCGGGGGUUGGACGGGUAUUGACUGGCCAAGGGCGAUUUUCGGGGUCCUCACAGAUCUGGUCCAUGAGGUUUCAUGGCCAUCGUAUAAGGUUGCGCCGGCGGGGGUGAUUACAGAGCGACAGAUUGCGAGUGCAGGUACGGACGAGAAGAAUGAAGAAGAGCCGCGAUUGGGGGCUGUGUUCUGUGCCAAUGUGUUUGGUCACUACAUGCUGGCGCAUAAUGUGAUGCCUCUGUUGAAGCGGUCAGGAAUGGAGAAUCCGAAUAAUGGUCCCGGUCGUGUUAUUUGGGUGUCCAGUUUGGAGGCUACAAUCAAUUACUUCAGCACCGAUGACAUCCAGGGUCUUCGUACGACAACCGCGUACGAAUCGUCCAAAGCCCUAACUGAUAUCCUCGCCUUGACCUCCAACCUCCCCAGCACAGCUCCGUGGGUGAACAGCUUCUAUUCCUCUGACAACCCCACCCCCGACGACAGCAAACCGAAUAUGUACCUCUCCCACCCCGGAAUCUGCGGAACAGGAAUCCUUCCCCUCAACCUUCCCCUCUUCUACUGCAUGAUCGCCGCAUUCUGGCUCGCGCGCCUUCUUGGUUCACCCUGGCACACCCUAUCCACCUACCUCGGCGCCUGUGCCCCCGUCUGGCUUUCCAUCUCCACACAAUCCACCCUCGACGACACAGAGGCACCAUACCUUGCUCACGGCGGCGGACGUGCCAAAUGGGGCUCUAGCUGUGACCUUGUUGGUCGUGAUCAGCCAGCUUCUACGGAGGUUGACGGAUGGGGUCACGGUGGUGUCGUUGGGGGUGCGGUUGUACAGGCAGAUCGGGAGAGAAGGAGGAAGAGGGGCGCGGUGAACUUGACUGGUGAGGAUAGGGAACGGUUUGAGGAGUUGGGAAGAGAGUGUUGGAGACAAAUGGAGGAAUUGCGGGUCACGUGGGAUCAGUUGUUGGAUAAGGCUGGGGUUUGA